CCAGAAUCCUCAGCUCAAAACAGACAACACUAGCAGCACAUGCCUUUAUCAUGGCGGCCUCCACUAAAAAGAUGGUCGGUGUGUCUGAAGACUCCAGCAGUAGUGACGAUGAAGCGCUGAAAAAGUGUCGGGAGGCAGUUUGGGAGACACAAAGUGUGAAGAAUAAAGACGGGGAGAGCAAUGUGCAGCAGUCAAAGCGUGUUGUUGUCGCUGACCAUGACCAUGAUGGCAACGAGCUCCAGGUCACACAAGGGUUUCGAACGCACGUUGCCAAAAAGUUGGGACAUCUUCUUGACAACUCCAUUACAGAGAUGAAGAUGGAAACUUUGUCCUGUUUGCAAUCAGCAAAAUGUGAUGAUGAUGAUGAUGAUGAUGAUGAUGAAGGGUUUCGUCUUUUUUCUACAUCAGUCCCAGGACAGACAGCUGAUGAUCCUCCAGCCCCUGUGAGGCGCCGGCCUAUUCCCAGCUCAAGUGACAGCGACAGUGAGAUGGAAACAAGGCUGAAGGAGGCAGCAGUGUCUGUCAAAGAUCUCUUAUCCACAUCGUCACUGCCCUCUACACUCUCCACUCCCUCAGCAGAGCCUCCCUGCUCAGAACAAGUAAAGAAAAGGAAGAAAGUGGCAGAGGAAGAGGAGAACCAUGUUGUUAAAAAGAAGAAGAAAAAGAGGAAACAGAAUCAAGAAGAGAGCGAGCAGGUGGACUCUGCAGGUUCUCCUCUUAAUGCUCACAGAAAUGGUGAGCACGGGAACUCUGAGCAGGAACACAUGCAAGUCAAAGUAAAACAGAAAAAGAAAAAGAAGCAAAAGUUUCACACAGAGGAAGAAGCUUUGAACUGAAUUUCUAAGGACUAAUCUUUCACUGUUUUGGGAUGUUUGUUCUCCAGUCUGCAAAACCUUUCAGAACAUUUUGAGUAUAUUUAAGAAAGCCAUUUGUUUCAUAACAUAAGGAAAAUACAUUACAAAAAAGUUUAUCUAAACAUUAAUGUAUUCAUUCCAUUGCUCAUUGUUAUUCUUGAGAUAGUCUUUACUUUGUUAUUAAAGAUACUUAUUAAGAGUGUGAAAAAGCAUUUCAAGGCAAUGACAUAAAAAAUGCAGGUAACAUGCAGUUUACAAGUUAAAACUCAAUGUACAAUUUUUGAAUGUUACUAAAACAUCUUAAUAAAAAUACAUUUUGG